UUUCUAAUCUCUUCCACAUAAUACCCUAAACAAAUAUUCUUGGAAUCUUCUUCUUUUGUCCAAUUAAUUGCCCUUUUCUGAUUCUUUAAUUACCCCAUCUCUCAUAAGAAAGUUUUUAAUCAAUCUUUUCCGUUGAUCCAAUAAAUUUCCUUUUUCUGAUUCUCUUUUUUCUUUCUCUGUGUGUGUGUUUCAGUGGUUGUGUGUGUGUGUGAGAGAGAAAAUCUGCUUAGAAACUGGAAUCAGUUCAUCCAUAAAUAUGUGCGUACAAGACGUAGAAAAGGUGUGCGAAGAAAUAGACAAUCUGGGUCUCUCAACAGAUCAUAAUACAGCUCAAUUUGCUUCUGAUCAGAUCACUCUUUCCAAUUCGUUUCCGAUGGAGAGCAUUUGUGAGGAUACAGUUGUUGCAGAGGAGAAACAGAGUAAUUUCACCCCAAUGCUUCGGUCUGGAGAGUGGUCUGAUAUUGGACAUCGACCCUACAUGGAAGAUACUCACAUAUGCAUUCAAGACUUAGCUAAAAACUUCAAUAACAAACUUCACAAUGAAGAAACCGUUUCAUUCUAUGGGGUGUUUGAUGGGCAUGGAGGAAAGGGUGCAUCACAUUUUGUACGUGAUAAUUUGCCAAGAAUCAUAGUUGAUGAUGCUAAUUUUCCAUUAGAACUUGAGAAAGUGGUGACAAGGUCAUUUAUGGAGACAGAUGCUGCUUUUGCUAGGUCAUGUGCUCUUGAAUCUGCUCUUUCUUCGGGCACAACUGCACUUACUGCUAUGAUAUUUGGGAGGUCUCUCCUUGUGGCCAACGCGGGAGACUGUCGAGCAGUCCUCUCUCGACACGGACUAGCUUUCGAGAUGUCAAAAGACCACCGACCGUGCUACGAAAAAGAACGUGUCCGGAUCGAAUCCCUAGGCGGCUUCGUUGAAGACGGCUACUUAAACGGUCAAUUAGCCGUGACUCGAGCCAUCGGUAACUGGCACAUCAAAGGGCUCAAAGAAACCGGGACCCACAUGGGCCCACUAAUAUCCGAACCCGAGCUCAAACUCAUAACCCUAACAAAAGAAGACGAGUUUUUGCUAAUUGGAAGUGAUGGGAUUUGGGACGUGUUUAGGAACCAAAACGCGGUGGAUUUUGUCAGGCGGCGGUUGCAGGAGCAUAAUGAUGUGAAGCGGUGUUGUAAGGAGAUGGUGGAGGAGGCGAUGAAGAGAGGGGCGAUGGAUAAUUUGACGGUGGUGGUUGUGUGUUUUCAGGCGGAACCGCCGCCACAUGUGGUGGUGCAGAGGGGGAGAGUCAGGCGGAGUAUUUCGGCCGAAGGGUUGCUGAAUCUUAAGUUUCAUCUUGAAGGGUGAUGAAGAGAUUGAUUUUUUUGUUGUAACGUUUUUGGAACAUUUGGAGAUGAUGAUGAUGUUGAUGAUGAUGAUGAAAAGUUUGAGUAAUUGUUGUAAAUACAUUCAUGUGACGGAGGGAAAUAAAUUAUUAGAGGAUACUUGUUGUGUCUUUAGAGCAGGGGAAACGAUGUGUACG